UUAUAAGAUUACAAAAAAUUCUCUUUUUAUUAAAAAUUCUAAAUCGAUUCCCCGUGAAUCAGAAAAAUGACUUCGUGUCUUUAUCAAGAAUCAGCGUUGAAUGUUGUUCGCGAAACUGCGGUGCGCGCAAUAAUUUUUCUAACUGCGAGAGAAGAGAGACCGGAUGUCGGUACGUUGCUGGUCGCACUCGAUUGCGGCUUGGUGCAAGUAUGGACUCAUCAUCCCGAGGCGGGAUUUUUAGGCGCUUUCUCAGUCAUCCAUACAGUCGGCGAUUGUGCCACGUCUUUAGCUACUGAUCCUGAAAAUCAAUUUCUCGUAACAGGUCAUAGCGUAGGAUACAUAAAGGUUUGGUUGCUCUCUAAUUACAUGCUACCGAAUCCGCCGAAAGUGUGUAUGCCAUUACUGAGAUUGGAAUUCCCAUUCUUGUGGAAAGACAUGAUAGUCGGAAGAGCGAAGAGAGCGGUACGAAAUCAGACGCUGCCACUUUUGUUAUCAUCCGUACGCGGCCACAUGCGGGGAAUUACUUCUCUGCUGAUCAUCUCUAGCGCGCGAAUAAUCGUUAGCGGUAGUGCGGACCGCACGGUACGUUUGUGGAGUUUUGGAGGUCGUUACAUAUCGACGCUUGGCACGUUUAGAAAUUGGAUCACAAUUUUGCCUACUGUACCCGUACAGAAAUAUUUUGAGGAUUACAAGCUUCCGGCAGAUAUUAGGAGAGUCGCCAGUUUCACUACUUUAAAGGUACUUCAUGGUGGUAUGAGACGAAUAGAGAUGAAGAUUGAAAAAGAGGAGAUCGAUAUCACGAAAGAAAUGUUCGAAGAAAAGCGACAUAUAAUAUAUGGGAAGGAAUUUGACAGUUUAGCGCUUGAGAAUUAUUACAAGUCACAGCUGCCCGGCAAAAUGUAUCAAAAACACCUGCAAUUAGAUAAUACUUUGCCAUAUAUACCAAUUUACAUGCAUUUAUCAACAUACUCUUUGAAACCUGUAGAGGCGCAAAAAACACUUUUACUUGGACAAAAAAUGGAGUAUGGAUUUUUAUUUUUAUUUGAAAUUAUUGGAGAAAAAUAUCACAUACGAUGUUCGCCCAAUAUUUCAGAAAUAUUUGUAAUUACAGUAAAAAGAUGUAUCUAAGGAGAGCAAUGAAACCGCUGCAUUCUCCACUGAUGGAAAGAGCCGAAGGCACUUCCGCAACAUUAAAUCUACUGUAACAUUGAUUUCUUAUAACUUUAUAAAACUCUGGCAGUGUUAGUAAAAUAUAUAUUUUACACAUUGCAUAAGU